AUGAGGUCUUUUAUAAAAACUCAUAAAAGAGCUUCAUCUUUAGAUAAUAGCCCCAGAAAAUCUUCCAACGAAAGUCCCGAAAACAGGAGAAACUCACAAGGUUCUUUUGGGACUGAGCUAUCUUAUCCAUCAGGGUACCCACCUAACAAUGUUUUAAAGCAAUCUUCAAGUUUCGAGCCGCUUCAUAAACUUACUAGUAACAAAAUUUUCAGUUCUAAGUUGUUUAAGAAAAGCUCCAAUGGAAAGACCAGUUCAUCGAAUACGUCACCACUGCUAAGCCGGUCUGAUGCAGAAACAUUCGCUCCUUUACUUUCCAACACCAAUAACAUACCAGCCAUCAAGGGUACCCGAAAGCAUGAAUGGGGUGAUAAUGAUGAUACUUCAGAAUCUGUUAUUCUUUUGAAUAGGACUUCAAUGUCAUCUAUGUCCGAUACUAACCAAGACACGCCGGAUACUGAAAUCGUUCGUAUACAUCCAAAUUCCCAGCAAGGAAGUAUUUUAUCGUCACAAACGUCUGCGGAUAGAACACCGAGACUUUCGCUUGAGGAAGCAGAAGACGUUGAAGAUUAUGACAUAACAAAACAUUCCUCUCUGAGUAGGAGCCAAUCCCUCAAAAAGAAAAGAAAUAGACUUGCCAGAAUCCAUUCACACGAUGAUAUAAUGCAUUUGAGGAGCCAAAGUUCAUUUUCAAGCGACCUAUUGGGUAGCGGGUUUAGUCCUAUACCUGAGAAAUCGCCAAACCCAUCACCUCUACCAAAAUAUGAAAGAUCUCCUAGAAAGGAGAAUAACAUACUUGACAGGACAAAUCUUUUCGACCUGCGAAAGAUUUCAGAAGCUUCUUAUACUGCAGAGGAUGAAUCCAAUUUCAAUAGGCCAUUUACAGGAGUUGCAGGAGGUGAAACUAUUCAAAUUACAACUUCCAUCAAGGACAGCUUCGUACCAUCACCGGAGACUUCUCAUAAAAUAAGAUUCGCCGCAGAUAAUGUAAUUCCAUUGAGCAAAGCACAAAUUAUAGAAAAUUCUGCAUCCGAAGCUGAUGAAGAUGAUUCAAAUGAAGAAGACGGAGAGGAGGAAUCAGAUUCCUCUUCUAGAUUUUCAUUCGAAAACGGUAAUGAUCUGUGUGGAAGAACAGCUUCUUUGAAAUAUUACUCAACUGAAACAAAUACCCCACCACUGUACGUGAAUGAUAUAUAUGAGAACGAUAAUUUUGACGAUGAAAUGAACUACUUUGAUUCUAAUGAAGAAGAAGAUGAAAAUAUGGACCAUUUAUAUGGUGGGGACAAUACAGCGUUAUCAGGCUUUGCAGGAAUGUGUACGUUGUCAGACGACGAAUUUGAUCGCACAAAUGCAGCAAUAUCACAAGAAUUAUCAUCGCACUCGUCCCAGUCGUCCAAAGGAUAUACUGAAAGACAGAGAGGCUUUUCCAAACGCGAUUCAAACAAAAGUUUUGAAGAUGGGAAUGACGAUUAUGACCCGUCAAACCAUUGCCGAUCGUAUCAUGAUAUAUAUAACUUAAGUGACGAAGAAGAAGCGCAAACUAUCAACAAGAAAGUUACUGAACCUCGUAAAAGAAAAAUUUCUGAUGGGACUAAUAAAGUUACCAAAUACGCUGACAUGUUUUUGCUCAGUGACGAUGAUGCGGAAAGUGGUUCUCAAGAUGAAGAUUUCGGAGACGAGAGUCGCGAAAACGAUGUGAAGUUCAACGUCAAUAGUGAGCGGUACGGGGUUGAGCACACGAAUUUAGUGACAACUCAGAAUCAUAACUUAAAUCCUAUCAGCUUCAAAUCUCCAAGCCGCUUCUUGGAUGUUUCAAAUGUGAAUCAUUCUCCUUUGGCGUAUAAAACUCCAGAGAGAAAUAUCCUAAAGUCACCUUUACAGCAGCCCAUAAAAUAUCAUGGAGUGAGCAGCUUACUCGAUAAUGACAUCCAAGGGACGAUGAAAAAUCUAUAUUAUAUAGAUGAAACCGACGAGGAUAGGUUUCUUGAAAAUUCUGCUGAAUCAGAAGAGUACUAUUUGGAUGAAAUAAAUGGGAUACCGGAGGAUUUUGAAUUUUCGGACGAUGAAAAUAUUAUGCGGAAUCUUUCACCUUUAAGUAGGUUGAAUCGAACAAAACUUUUAGCCUUUAGAAGGACACAUAGCUAUUCUGACCGGCCACUGGGUGUAUUGAAAGAUAACACUCCUCUUAAUUACAAGUUGGAAAUAAAAAAUAAAACAGUCACAUUUUUUGAUCAUAAUUCAAUUCAUAGGUCAUAUUCUGAACCUUUCAGUUCAUCAUUACUCCAUGAUUCCCGAAAGUCUGAAGAUAAUUGCGAGGACCGAAUACUCGAUAACAAAACUCUUGCUUCACCUGUUACCCCCAACAGCUCAUUCACGAAGCCUUCUCCAAGCUUUACACAGAAUUCUUCCCUCAGCCCAAUUCAGGAAUCUACGACCUCAUCAGACGCAUCUCCCAAGAUAUUAUAA